AUGCCUUCCGCCACAGUAGACAGGCACCAAAACAACCAGAUCGCGCUUCUGUGUACAUUACAUGCAUCAUCGACUUCUGCCAAGCAAAAAGUAACAGACCUACUCUCAACUGGUCGCGAGUACUAUACUACCGGAAAGGCACAAUGCACAACAUGGUGCUACUUCACUCCAUCAACCCGGCCAAAAGCUCCCAGCCAGCUGAUCUCAAAGGAUGAAAAGGAGACCGUGGUCGCGGGCUUCGAAAUCUACUCUGACAAGCAAGCUCUGAGUACACAGCAGAACGAAGAUUGGUUCAAGAACUUCCAGAAGACAGUCAAGGAGGAGAAGUUGUUUAAUGAGAGAGGUGAGGAGCAGGUGGCAUGGUAUCCGACUGCUGGGUUCGUGGCGAGAGAGGAUGCUGCGCCUCCUUAUGGUGGUAUAGUCAUGCUUGCGGUAUUUACGUGCAAGGAGGGAAAGAGGGAUGAGGUUGUUAAAGUUGUCGGCUCAUAUACAGAAUUCGUCCGUGAGAACGAGCCAGGUGUCCUAACAUACUGCACAAUGGUUCGACCCAAGGCGCCCAACCAGAUCCUACUAUUCGAGAGAUACCAGAACUCGAAAGCACUAGGAGCACACGGGACUACCAAAGAGUUCAAGGCAAUGUUUAAAGGAAUUGCGCCACAUAUCGAGGUCAAGCAGACCAAGCUGCAACAGUUUGAGGAGUUUGAUAAUGCUUUUGUAAGUAAUGUUAUUGGUGGGGGACGGCAUGAAGUUGCAGUGGCUGCGAAGUUGUGA